UGUGGAGCUCCUGGAAAUGGAGCCUUCUCCAUUCUCUGAGCAUUCUGAGUGCUAGCUAACAUGACAAGUUACUGUGUGCUGGUUGGGGGUUAAGGCACCGACUAAAACUAGAGUCCCUGUGUGUCAGGUGCUGUACAAAUGCCAGUCAGGAUGACUUCCAAACUUACAGAGUGGAUGAAGUGGCCUGACCUUGCUUAUCCUGCUCAGGUUAUUGGUUGCUGUCUGGCAUAAGCUCUUAUAAAGUAACCCAAUACUCUGCCCUUCCAGAACAAACCCAGCAAAUGCUCGCUGCUGAGGGGCAGCAGCGAGACCUUAGCAAGCUGCUCCCGAUCUGGACAGACUGUUGUUGGGGUGACUCAGGAGCUGCUUCACAAAAUGCAGGAGAAGUUUCCCAUCUUUAUCCUGAUGGCAUCUGAACUAUUGGAUUUAUCUGGUGCCUCCAGAGACGAGCCUCACGUCAGUGGAGCACCAGGCCUGGGCUCUCCCGGAGGAGCCCAGCUGAGAGCCGAGAGCAGCCCGGUGCCCAGCGAGGAGCUCCCUGUUACAGGAGGUGACUCGGAGGAGGUGAAUUUCCAUUUUCAGACUGCGGCGGUUGAUCCUACCAGUGAAAUGGCAGCUGACUUCAUUCCUGUCCGCACAGAGACAGCUGCAAGAGCAACAGCCACACUGCCUAAGGAGGUGGUUAGAAACUUGGAGGGGUCUGAUCAACUGUCUGCUUUAAAACCCCAUGCUGGAGACACGUUUCCUAAUGAUCUCCUGAGUAAUGUAAGCAGCCCCACCUCUGCACAAGGAUCACAGGCCACCACCCAUCCAGAGCAGUCAGAGAGGUCAGUGCCAGGCAAAGCACAAACCCUCCCUGAGGCUGCUCUCAGCCUGACCAGCUCCAGCGCUGGGCUGCCCCAGCCCACUCCCACUGGGGGGGUGCACCAAGACUCUCGGAGGGUUACAGCUGUCUCUCCCAUUCCUGUUAUCAAGCAGACGGAGGCGCCAAGUCCUAAAAUUUCUCCUCUGACUUCAACAGUAAAUUUUCAUCCUCCAAGAAAAGAAACAGCAACAUCUCCAUCUCCCAUCAGCGUUAAGAUGGCUCUUGUAAGUGCAGGGGUGGGUCGGUUACCAACAUUAUCACCUCCCACUACCAAAAGGCCAAGGGACACAAGUCCCCAAGUCCAGCCUGACAGCAGAGCUGCUGUGACACCUGCAUAUGGGAAGAGGACUCGGAGUGUGGAUGCUCAAGUUACUACUUCUGCAAUCCCCCAAAAGCCAGCUUCGGUGGGCCUUGAUGCAGCCUAUUUCAGAGUGACGCAGACAACUGCUGUUCAGUUUCCCCCAGUUUUUCCUCUGAACCAAGAAACAGCAAGCAGUGAAGGCAGAAACACACUAACAGCUGUAAUAAAUGGUUCUAGACGCACAACGCUGUUGCCUGCUCUCCAGCAGCUCCUGCAAGGCAAUGCACAGUCAUCUUCAUUACCGAUGCAUCCUGAGGCUCUAGGUCAUGACGAAUUGAUUCCCCCUCCAUUUCAAGGGCCCGUUAAUGCAGCUGAUAGACCACAGCCUUUCUCCUUGUCCCGGACCCUCAACUGUACUAAACACCAUGCUGCACAUGAAGCCAACAGGAGCACUCAGGAAAGCACAGUCCCAGUUUUACAAAGAGAUGCUGAUCACCAGAUGAUGACAAGUAAGCCUGAAAAAUCCAGAUCCUCUGAGAGCCCCCAGGCUUCUUCGAAUUCACCUUCAUUAGACCAGUCACAAACCUCCACAUUAAACCUCUCCCAAACCACUAGAGAGCUAAAAGGAGCGACAUCUCCGGUCCUUCCAGGUGCACCUACCUUUGAGAAGGCAGCCCUUCCAGCUGUAAGCGCCUCUGCUGCUGUUCACGCAGCACUUCAGCCUCUAGCUACAUCUGUGCCUUCCUAUGUUGGAUUGCAGCCGAGGGGCAUCCCCACCUCUGCUGCGAGAGGACUCCACGUCCUGACUUCAUCAGCUGCUGCUGCUGGUUCUGGGUCUCAGGUUCAAGGCGUUUCAGCCCAUCCCGGACUUCAGGAAGCAUUCGCCAUGAGGCCGCAGAUGAGCAUGGUGGAAGAUUCCAAGGGACAGAAAAGUCUUCCACAUCAGAUAGAUGAGGCUGGUUCUCUUCCACUGACUCCACAAGGCAACGUGGUCUCCAGCCCCUCUGGACUGCAUGAGGAGAACCAGAAAGCUUCUCUUGACAGCUCUGCCCCUUCAGCCUCCCCGAUCCAGCAUGCUGGCAGCCUGGAAGCUUUUGUUGCUAGACUGCACCCACCCCACGCACAGGAAAGCCCAUCCAGCACAACAGCAGCACGUCCUGAGCCGGCGGUGCCCGUUGUUUCGGAGAUCCCAGCACAUCUGGCACAAGCACUGCUGCAGCAGCUUGGUGCAUCGCAUGAUGCAGCUACCAAAAACCUCAGCAUUUUCAGAACUGAUCAACCUAAAGUGCUCCCCUCAUCACUGUAUUUGUCCUUUCUGCUUAAGAAUACCGAUGGCAUGAUCUGCCUGCUCCCCAUGCAAGAGUCCCCUUUGCCUGCAAGUUUCCCUAAUACCAGUGUUGGGGCUCUGGCUUCUGUUCAACAAAUCCUGGCAGCAUCGAAUUCUUCGUUAGUAGAUGUUGCAAACUUGCAAAAUGGGAGUCCUUCUAGCUUAAUUCUGGUUAAGCCUGUAUUUAUCCUUUUUCCCACGGCCAGAGCAGACUUACAGAUGGUGCCCUCUCCUCAGGGUGAAGACGACCACAGAAGUGCCCUCUCAUUCACAAACAAGCAAGGUCUGACCGUGGUUACCAACGAACACAGCCGUGACAUCCCAGAGACAACUAGUUCCUUGUAUCCCACUAGGGCGUCUCUGAGACCUCAAACUACUCUCUCCACUGCUUCUGACCAGCGAGCGGAGAAAGCAAAAGUAACUUCUCAGCCAGUGCUGACUAAGGCAAGUUACGUGGCCAUCCCUAGUUCCCUUCCAGCCACUGCCCCAGCAGCAGCUCUCUUGCUGGACCUGCAGCUGAGGACGAGCACAGCAGCACAGGCUCCUCACCUGCGGGGGCUGCCCGAGGAGCUGCAGGCAGCUGCUGCCCCUUCCCCUGUUGCUCCUGUCCCCGAGGUGCCUUCCCCCGGUGGUACAGCAACCCAGCCUCCCACCUCCCUGGGGUCACCAGUGCUGGUGCCCACACAGCACAGCCCCCAUACUGCCCCCACAGGGUUUUUCAAAGCUGAAAAGCCUCUUUCUUCUUCUGUAACCCCUUUGCUGUCAGCAGUGGGACUCACGGGUCUUCUGAGGCCAGCCCAGCCUCUGUUCCCUGUGGCAGGGGCUGUGGGUCAGGUGCAGCACGGUACGGGACUGAUGCUGCAGACCACCACCCGUGGCCGGGGCUCAGUGAGCCCAUCUUCCUCUGCCCAUGCACAGUGCACAGAGUGUUUGAGCUCAACUGGAACUGUACAAUACCCAUUAAAGAUGUCCCCAAGCGUUGUGCCUUUGCAGUCCGUGUCACAAAGUCUGCUAACCACCAAGUCGCUCCGAAGGCUGCCGUCGCAAGUUCCAUUUGUACCCAGUGCUGUGUCGGCUUUCUCAGCAUUUCCAGCUGGAAAUGAUGGCAGGGCGGGCAGCACUGCCUCUUCUGGAGUCACCCCGCAUGCUAAAGCAGCACCAGUCACCCCUACCUCUAUAAAACCUGAUCUCACCAAGCACUUGGAAUUCAUUACCGUCGUGCCCAAGCCCGUUGUCAGGACGGAGACCCCAACACCAGUACCAGCACGUACCCUAUUGGCAGCGAAGGUCAAAACAGCAGCUUCUGGGGAACUGCUGGUGCCUAGCAUCCUCCCGAGGAUGUCCCCUGCGAGCCAGCCCUCCCUGGUGUCAGCCCACGUUCCCCUGCCAUCCGCUGUGAAACGUGACCAAAGCGGUCGAGCACCUUCUGCAUUGUCCUCACCAGCCAGCGGGGGAGAAAAUGGGAAACCAACUGAAGGCAGCACCAGUGGAAGAAAAAGGGGAGCUGGUGGGUUCUUGGGAACCAGCACGUCUCUGCCGGCCGUGUUUAGCACAAAGACAGAGCAGCCGCCCGCAGCAGCUCUCGGCAGUGAGGCUGGUGUAGCUCCAGCACAGCCGUCUGCGGCUGCACAGCCUGUGAUUGCUCUUGAGAGCGAGCCUAAAUUGGCACAGACCACAUCGCCGUCUCCAUUAGCAGUGACUUCUCUCUCUGCGGCUAAGAAUGAUUAUAUCACCACUUCAGUUACCCAAAAAAGAGUGUUUUUCCUGCCAACAUCAGCUCUCCAGUCUGACCCGAACAUGGUGUUUCCUACAAUCACCAUAAUGAGCAGCUCAGCCAAGGUCCCUGCAUCAGGGGCGAAGAGCGAGGGUGUGUUGCUGGAAGGGGACACAGCCACCGCCAGCCAGGUGCUCAGCCAGGCAGCCACGUCCUCAGCACCUCAGGCACAGGAGGAGAAGGUGCCCCUGGGAGCCAGCACGGAGCAGGAGGCUCUCCACUCCAGCCAGCACGCUGCUACAUCUACAGCAAAACCACUUUCUGUACCUGCGAGUAAGGUUACCAGUCAGCCCGCUGCCUUAAAUAAAGCAGCUGCUGAAGGUGCUGAGAUGCUCCUAACCGGAGACCUGAGCCCAUCGCCUCCAACCCCGGGGAGCCCCUCGCAUCCUGCAGCUCAGAACCUGCUCUAA